AUGGCUGACCUCAACUCGUGGGAGGACGACAAGGAUGCCCAGGACGAGAGCCUCGCCCAGCAGGCCCAGCAGCAGAUGAACCUGAACUCCGCUCGCGCUCCCACCUUCACCCCCGGCGCCGCAUCCUUCACUCCUGGCGCCGCCGCCUUCACCCCGGGCCAGCCCUACCAGUACGGCGGUGGCUACAACCAGUACGGACAAUACUACGGCGGUGGCUACCCCCAGUACGGCCAGCAGCAGCAAUACGGCCAGUACGGCUACGGCCAACAGGGCUAUAACUACCCCCAGCAGGGCUAUGGCGGAUUCCCCCAGCAGAACUUCCAGCCUCAACAACAGCAGCAGCAGCAGCCGCGCCAGACUCCGAAGAUUGCCAAGCGCGGCGAUGAUCUCCAGGCAGCAGCCCCCGCGGCGCCUGCAGCUGCUCCCGCCGCCAGCUCGCCCAAGGCGGCACCCAAGACUCUCUCCAUCGGCGGCGACGGCUCCACCAAGGUCGAAUCCGCCGGCGGCACCAAGGUUCUGAGCAUUGGUGGCGACUCGCCCAAGGUCGAGAAGGCCGGCGCUACAAAGGUGCUUAGCAUUGGCGGCUCCGCUCCUCCCUCGGCCGCCAAGGAUGCCGCCAACAAGGACCAGGGUGCUCCCCAGGCUGGCAAGAAGGUCACCGCCGCCAAGGCCAUUGAAAAGACUGGCGAGACUGCCGGCCCCGCCGCCGCCGCCGCCAGCGGCAGUGGCAGGGCUUCACCCACUCCCUCCUCCGGCAGGAACAGCCCUACCCGCGCCUCGGAUGUGAAGGCCGCCAAGCAGCAGGCCGACCUGGUCGCCCAGGAGCAGGCCGCCGAUGUCGAUGAGGACACGCUGGCCGAGAUGUACGGCAAGGAGCACGUCAACGUCAUUUUCUUGGGCCACGUCGAUGCCGGCAAGUCCACCCUCGGUGGUUCCAUCCUCUACGCUACCGGAAUGGUCGACGAGCGGACAAUGGACAAGUACAAGCGCGAGGCUAAGGAGGCUGGUCGUGAGACUUGGUACCUGUCGUGGGCUCUGGAUCUGACCAAGGAGGAGCGUUCGAAGGGUAAGACGGUCGAAGUCGGAAGGGGUUUCUUCGAGACCGAGACGCGCCGCUACAGUAUUCUGGAUGCUCCUGGCCACAAGACGUACGUCCCCAACAUGAUCGGAGGUGCCUCGCAGGCCGAUGUCGGUGUCCUGGUCAUUUCGGCACGUAAGGGCGAGUACGAGACUGGUUUCGAGAAGGGUGGCCAGACGAGAGAGCACGCCGUGCUUGCCAAGACCCAGGGUGUCAACAAGCUCUGUGUCGUCGUUAACAAGAUGGACGACCCGACCGUCGAGUGGAGCGAGGACCGCUACAAGGAGUGCACUACCAAGCUCACCCAGUUCCUCAAGGGUGUUGGUUACAACCCCAAGACUGAUCUCACUUUCAUGCCCGUCUCUGCACAGACCAUGAAGGGUAUCAAGGACCGGAUUCCGAAGGACAUUUGCCCGUGGUACGACGGCCCCUCGCUUUUGGAGUUCUUGGACAACAUGAAGACCCUCGAGCGCAAGCUCAACGCCCCCUUCAUGAUGCCCAUUGCCGCCAAGUACAGGGAUAUGGGUACGAUGGUCGAGGGCAAGAUCGAAGCCGGUGUGAUCAAGAAGGGCGUCAACUACCUCAUGAUGCCCAACCGCGAGACCGUGGGCAUCUCUGCUCUGUAUGGCGAGACGGAAGACGAAAUCCAGGCCGCGACCUGCGGUGACCAGGUCCGCAUCCGCCUCAGGGGCAUCGAAGAAGAAGACAUCCUCCCCGGCUUCGUGCUCUGCUCGCCCAAGCGUCCGGUCCACUGCGUCAAGAAGUUCGAGGCGCAGAUUGUGCUGCUUGAGCUCAAGUCAAUCCUGUCGGCCGGCUUCAACUGCGUGCUGCACGUCCACUCGGCAACGGAAGAGGUCACGUUCGACGCGCUGCUGCACAAGCUCGAGAAGGGCACGGGCAGGAAGAGCAAGAGGCCGCCGGGCUUCGCCACCAAGGGCAUGAGCAUCAUUGCCCGCCUGUCCAUCACCGGUGCUGCCGGCAGCGUUUGCGUUGAGAGAUUCGAGGACUACCCGCAGAUGGGUCGUUUCACCCUCAGAGAUCAGGGUCAAACAAUUGCCAUUGGCAAGAUUACGAAGCUCAUCACGGAAGACGAGGCUUAA